AGCUGUUCAUCAGAAGAGGGAGGAUCAGCUCAGGGGUUUAAACUCAUGAUCACCACAGUUCGUUUCUCUGAGGAACCAGCGGCUGGAUGAGGAGCAUCAGACCACAUUAACAACUAUGGCGAACCACGUUUACUACGGCUCGAGUAACAGCUCAAGUGACAACUGCACCGAAGUGGACAAUCUCAUGAAGCGCUAUUACCUGCCCGCCACAUACGGUGCGAUCUUCAUCGUGGGCGCUGUGGGAAACAUCAUAGCUCUGCUGGUCUACGUGCUCAAAGUUCGUCCCUGGAAGAGCAGCACCAUCAUUAUGGUGAACCUCGUCAUUACUGACCUUCUCUUUAUGGCCAGCUUGCCCUUCUUGAUCUACUACUAUGUCCUCAAUGACACCUGGACGCUGGGGGUCACCAUGUGCCGCUUUGCGCGAUUCAUGUUCCACUUCAACCUCUAUGGCAGCAUCCUCUUCCUCACCUGUCUGGCCAUCUUCCGGUACGUGGCGAUUGUGCAUCCGUUGCACAUGCAGAGCAUCAAGCAGAAGCGAUGGGGCGUGUUGGCUUGCGUCUUGGUUUGGGUCGUGACAAUAGGCGAGUUAAGUCCGAUUUUUAACAUGUUUGACACAGUUCCAACGGACAAUAAGACAUACUGCUUGGACUUUGCAAGCAACAACUCAACAAUCGUCUGGCCAUAUAGUUGGGCUUUGACUGUCCUGGGAUAUUUGCUUCCUCUGGUCGUGGUCUGUCUUUGCUAUUGGCGCAUCAUUAGAGUGCUAAAGAAGGGUCCUCAUAUGGGAAGCAAGAGACGAGUUAAAGCAAGGCGACUCAUCGCGUUGAUAUUGACGUGCUUUGUUGUUUGCUUUCUUCCCUUUCACGUGCUACGAGCUCUGAGAAUACACACGAAACUCACUCCGGAAACCCACUGCAUGCUCGACCGUGGCGUUCACGCCUCCUACAUUAUUUCGAGGCCGAUCGCUGUAAUCAACGUCAUUUUCAACCUGCUGCUCUACACGUUGUCGAGGGACUUUAAGCAGGCCUUCAUGGAUCUGUUUAAAUGUGACCAGCUUAUGUCGAAGACUAAGAAGAUCAUUAAAGUGGCUGUGAUCAACAAACCUACGACCAAUACCACAUGUGAGCAAAGCAGCUGAAACUCAAGCCACUGUUUCAGUCUUACGAGCCACAGUCAAUGUCACUGUGAAAUAACCAAUAUAUGAAGGGAUACUCCACCUAAAAAUGAACGUUCGGUCAUCAUUUACUCACUCUUAUGUCUUUCCAAACCUGUAUGACUUUCUUACGUUUGUGGAAUAUAAUUAUGAUACUGAAAUAUCUGAAACACUUCCAAUACUCAUUUUC